GCGAAAUUCAAGCAGUACAUACAGCCAAGCGCCGAUGCGCCAAGUCUGCAGUGUGUUUGGCCGGCGUUUUCCCGAAGUGCACCAGAGCUGGAGCUACGGGGGUGGAUUUUCGGACCAGGCCGUGCUCAGUCAAUUGCCGCCAUCGCUGACCUCCCCGUCGACGGCCUCAGCGCAGUCACAAUUCCUCCGCCGCCAUGAAGCACAACGCUUCCACAGCGCUCCUCGGCGCCUUCCAGGGGCUGAGGAUAUCUCCCUUGACGACGUUGCGCCUCUCCACACCCCUUCGGCGGCCGUCAGCAGCUCCCCGCGUUGCUACCGCUAUCCCUCAUGUCAGGAUGUUCUCGGCGACAGCCAUCCAGGCCGGGUCAUGGCUCGAGCCCAACCUCAAUCGCAAGGAUAAGAUGAUGAAGGGCCGUCCUAGGGUGCCCACGGGAGGAUCGACAAAAGGCACGACGGUUAUUUGGGGAGACUACGGACUGCGCAUGUGGGACCACCACCGCAGAAUCAGCGCUGCACAGCUUUUCCUUGCCGAGAAGACCAUCAAGACGAGGCUUCGUGGCCAGAAAUACCGCCUGUUUAAGAGGGUCGCUUGUAAUGUCGGAGUCUUCAUCAGUGGUAACGAGAUAAGAAUGGGUAAAGGAAAAGGUUCGUUUGAUCAUUGGGCAGCCAGAGUGGCCGUCAAUCAGGUCGUCUUUGAACUCAGAGGCCAGCUCCACGAACAGGUCGUUCGAGACGCCUUCCGGCUUGCUGGACAGAAACUGCCAGGGCAAUGGGAGGUCGUCAAGAAGGGCGAUGCGCCUGUCGUUGGAAUCACAAAACUGGAGAACGGCGUUACGUUGGAAGACCUCAAGCGCCCAAGGAAAAAGCUCCCAGAAGUCCCUCUCGAGCCGCCAUCGCUUGCGUCCACAUCCACCUCGGCGCCUCCUCCCGCAUAGGCACUGCAUUUUGUGUCUGUUAUAAAUUGUACAAAUAUGUAGACCAACUCGGACCCCGUGCGCUGCAUCGCGGGAUUCCUCUUGGCUGUGUGUCCAUUAAAGCUACAGCCCCCGUGCAUGUAGUGUUUGCGAGGCGCAUCCAUGUUCUUUAUCUAGAUCUGUAUGAAGUCGAAUACUGCUUAUUGCCUAGUAAUUGGAUUAUGUCGCCGUAAAAGUUGGCUCGGAGCAACAAUUAACCCGUCUCCUCGUCACAGCACCAUCAGAAAAUAAGGUAUUAUUAGACUAACCACUUGCACGCCGCUCC